ACGGAUUGGACCUGCCACUUUAGAUUUUGAGAUUGCUAAUCGUCUUAUGGAUAAAUCUGAGUGGUUAAAUAGCUUGGAGAUUGACGCUGCAAUGUACGUAUUCCGGGAGAGAACAUCUUUGAAACGAUGGAGACCUCAUCGUGUCGCCUUCAUGACUGUCGUCUUCAGCAAUAUGAUUAAAAAAGAGUAUGGUCAUUUAGAAGCUCAGGGUAGAAAGAGCUACAUGCUUCAUAAUUUGCUACUGCAGUUCGGUAAAGGAGUCCUUCCACCACAUGGCAGGACACAUGAGAUAUGGAAUAUAGAUGUGGAUCGCCUGUAUGUCCCUGUUCAUGUCAGUGGGAAUCAUUGGAUCGCCUUGUGCAUCAGUUUCGUGACGAGGAGCAUUGAAGUGUUCGACUGCUCGGGUAGGAAAAGGUACAAGGAGGUGGAUGGGUUCGCAAACCUUAUUCCGCGUAUUGUCAAGGCAGUUCAGCCUAUGAGACACCAGAAGGAUUUCGCAGUCGGUGCAUAUACUGUUUCCUAUGUCCCCGUUGGGAAUCUGAAUAAAAGUGCAUGUGACUGUGGCGUCUAUGCAGUGAAGUUCAUUGAGUGUCAUGCGCUUGGAUUGGAGUUGUCGUUGUUGCAUGAUGGUAACAUUAUCGAAGCUCGCCACAGGAUUCUAUGGGAUCUUUGGGAAGCAGCUAAUGAUCCGGAAUUGAUUGAUAGGAUGUCAAAGUAUCAAUCCCCGGAGUGUCUCUCUUCGACUGUAGAGGAGAUUUUGUGAGACUGCUUGGUUUCAAGUUCUAAUGUAAUGAACAAGAUUGCUUAAUCUGAUGUAUAACUUCUAGAUUUUAUUAUCAUUUUUAGGAACAAGACUGCUUAGUUUAUUGUAUAACUUCUAGUGUUUAAUUAUGAUUUUUAGGAUUGACUCUUGUAAUCAAAUGUACAUCUUGUGGUUUUGUUAUUAA